GGGUAACAAGGCAACCCGUUCGAGUUUAAAACAUCUGAGAUCCAAAAACUAGUAAUGUUCGUAAGAACACAACACAGACAACUUACGACUGAACGUAAAGUAGCUCGACUUAGUUGUUUUUAUUUGGUUUUCAUCAAAACGAUUAAAUUAUAACAAGGGAGCGAUGACGCUGUCUAAUUCGUAUAUAACGCAUUGUCAGAGAACACUCAUCAGUCUAAACUUUGAAAACGAUACGGCAUACCCUGAAGCUGUAAUGCAGGUUCUUAGUACAGUCCAAGACGUGUCAACUUGCAACAGUGUAGACAUGACUAUGAGUGAGAAAUGCGUUAUAUAAGCUCACGAGGAAAAGUGGAAUUGAAACUGUGCUAAAUGUAUGGACAUUUACAAGAGAAUAUUUACAAGAUACGAAAUUAAAAUGAGAAGAAGUUUCACCUGUCGCCUUUACAAGAGACGAUUUAUCAAGGCAGCUCUUAUUAUAUUUAUAACAAUCACUUGUCUCGACUGCUUUUAUUUUGAAAACCAUUACUUAUCAGUUACGAAGCCAUUUCAAAAGUUAAUCUCGUCAAUUGAUACUGCAAAAGAAACCUUUGGAAGAAACGAUGAAACGAAGGCUUUGGUUCAACUAAGAGUCAAGCUAUCUGAAAUAAGUUUACGGUCUGAUGAAGGAAUAGACGGGUCGAACCAUUUUCUUGGGAGUGAAUUGGCGGUAAAAAGAAGGAAUGAGAAACCACAAAGAAAAGACUCAUUUAACAAGAAAUAUAAACUUUUUGCCUCAAAAGAUUUACGUUACCAAGCAACGCAAGCGAAAGCGCAGAAUGUUGGCGACGAAAUCGGGAAUCGUGUUAGAACAAACCACGUAGAUAAGGUCAAAGAAUUGGACGUUAAUCUUCACAAGCCCACUAAAUUCGACCAGGUAACCAAUGCCCGGUGUCCUGACAACACACUUGGGAAUAUGUCCAGUUUGGUGUCGUAUGGUAAAUGCAAGCCGCACCGUGCUUCGGAAGAAGCGUGUGAAAAAGCGCAAGAACUAUACUACUUGCAACCACCGAAAUGUGAGGAUCGGUAUAUGGGAGAAAUUUGUAGGCUUAAUGUUUCAAUCAAAAAUAACGAGAAAAUCUUGAAGGCUCGAUGCAACAGAAAACUCUGUCGCCAGGAAUAUCGCUCAUUUGUCGUGAAAACCUUAAAUCCUAAAAAUGGCCAGCAUGACGUCAUACACACAUUCAGCUCAAUUAACAAAUUAGAAAAGGGCCUACCGCUGAUCAUGGAACACAGCAGGCGCAAUGAGUAUAAUUAUGUAUUUUUACAGUGUAAGGGAAAGAUCGCUGGCAGCAAAAUAGUGCAGUUGUUACCAAUAGAUCCUCGUUAUACUAUCAAAGACAACGACAGUAAGCCCAGGCAUAAACGUCUAUUAAAUGUUAAUAURAUCCUAAUAGAUUCGGUGGCCAGAGCUCAUUUUUAUCGCUCUUUACCAAAAACUAUCAAUGUGUUCAAACGCUGGAUCAAGGAUAGUGCCCAUUCUCCCGCUCGUGUUUUUGACUUUGAGUUGUUUCAGGCGGUCGAGGGUCAUACAGCAGAGAACACGCAUGCGCUGUUCACAGGAAAGCUCUUCCCGAAAUCCAUUGACCGUAACAAUCCUCCAGCGGUUGAGAUGGAACACUUGUUUGGGCAUUACAAGAAGGCUGGUUACCAGACCUCUUGGCAGGAGGAUCUGUGUUGGGAAGGACAGUGGGGACUUUUUGUAGACCUGGCUCUGUCGCUUGACUGGAAUUAUCUAGCACCCAAGUUGAAGGACGUGUUUAUAGACACCACAGGAAUCACACACUCGAGCUGUGAGGUGCUAAAAAAGUAUGGAUUAUUUACUCCUUUUAACGGUCCCAAAGGACACAGGAUCUGCUACAACGGGAAGUUCCAGCAUUCAUACUUUCUCAAGUAUAACCUGGACACUUUACGAGCCAUCGCGUCGAAUCCAAAUGCUCUGCCUCUUCUCUCCUACAUAUCGCUGAGCGUUGGCCAUGAUCAGUACGGUAGACGCAUUCAAACAUUUGAUGAAGCAUUGUCGCAGUACGUACAGCAAGUUGCACAGGACCCUAACACCGUGACUAUAGUGUUAGCAGAUCACGGCAACACGUAUACAGAAUACACCGCUACUACACUAGAAGGACGGUUCGAAAUGUUUCAUCCAAGCCUAUUUAUCAUCAUCCCGAAUGAAGUUGCCAAGAUGAUUGGUAAAGAUGCCAUUAACAGUCUUAAGACCAAUCAGCGUCGUCUUGUAACUAUGAUUGACUUACACCAGUCUCUGAUGGUAUUGGCGGAUCCCGUACCCACCACAGGGAUCCCACCUAGAGGUGUUUUUACUCCAGUUUCUCCUGAACGAACGUGUGAUAAUGUCGAGCUACGGACGCCAAAUCUUUGUGUCUGUGACGGAUGGGAUAGCCCAACUACUAACGAUACCUUAAAACUUGCCAUGGUCGAGUUUGCAGUUGGGGAGCUGAACAAUAAACUUGCAGAAUGGUUUAUUGAAAAGCAAAGAGGGUUUCCGCUGACCCGUUCUUGUAAUCGUCUACAGCCAAUAGGAUUUAGGAACGUACGCGAGCGCAACCCCAAAACUGACGAUUCUCUUAUCACGAGUUUUGACAUCAUUGUUCCUGCAGGAGACGUCGUACCACAUCAACAAGAGACUUUCAGAGUCGAAGUCAAAACAAACGUUUCUCCUGACUCCCAAUCGUUAGGCAUGGCACUACUUCACUACGAUAGACUAACGAUGUUUGGGCCUUACAGCGCAUGCGCAGAUAAAGACAUUAAUCUCAAGCUAUGUGUCUGCUCAAAACUUAAACGAACCAAGCGAAACACCACAAAAAGUUUACUAGAGAAGUUAAUGGUAUGGAAAACGUCUCAUUUUGUCGACAGCAAAGUAAGGUUUGAAACCAUCGACGAGGAAGGAUGUUUAACUUUGAUCGAAAGAGUACACGGGAAGGGUGACGCUUAUGCUUACGAAUUAGCGAACACAUGUAUGGACCAAUCAUAUACCGUGGUGCUCGAGAUGAAUGACAUGUAUAACAUUAAAGUGUCUCGUGACGGACCAAUAGAAACAAAGGUUGCACCAGGGAGUGUUCGAUUUGUGUUUUCAGCCAGGAAGAGUCUAUCCUAUUAUCAAGGACAAAUUUCGGUCCAGGUAGUGAGCAUCAAAUAAAAUUAAAUAAAAUUAUCUCAUUAUAAAUUAAUAAUUAUUUAUAA